AUGAAAUUAUUUAGCGUUCCUCCUCAUUACGGUUUGAGUCAGUUUUGCGCGUUUUGUCGUUUGGACUCGCCGUGGAAGGGUCUCGCGGGUAACCUCUCGCAGACGGUGCGGCAGCUCUGUAAAGCUCUCUGUCUCGUCUGCCUCCUCUCUCCAGGCCUGACAGCGGCCGCGGCGGCAGCUGCCAACGCAGCCAUCGCCGAGGCCAUGAAGGUCAAGAAGAUCAAGCUGGAGGCGAUGAGCGGCUACCACGGCAACGCCAACCACCACGGGGCUGACGGAGAGAAUGGAGACCUCAGCUCCGGCGUCGGAUUCCAAUCAAAGUGGACUGCAUGGGUACAAAAUGGAAGUAGGAAGAGAGGAAAUGGCGACACGUGGGAACAAGAUGGGGGCCUGGAACUCCCCUUCAUGAUGAUGCCACACCCCCUGAUCCCGGUCAGCCUGCCCCCAGCCUCUGUCACCAUGGCAAUGAGCCAGAUGAACCACCUCAGCACCAUUGCAAACAUGGCUGCUGCUGCCCAGGGCCAGAGUCUGCCUUCCAGAAUGGUCACCUCUGUUAUAAAGGAACGUGUGCCGGACAGCCCCUCCCCUGCUCCCUCCUUAGAAGACAACAGGAGGCCCGGCAGCCACCCUUCAUCCCACCGCAGCAGCAGCGUGUCCAGCUCCCCAGCCCACACAGAAAGCUCCUCAGACAGGAUACCAGCGCACCACAACGGGCUCUCGAUGAACCAAGCCCUUCUAGGCCUGUCCCCCAACAUUGCCCCUGGGCCUAAAGAGGGAGACCUGGCCCACGACAUGAGCCAUGAAGUGAAAAGGAUGCACACUGACAAAGAAGACAACUCCAUGUGCACUCCAACAGCGAGAGACAGCUACGAGAGGUUGUCACUGGCCGGACAGACUCUGCCUCCGGGUUUUCCGUCGCCAUUUCUCUUCCCAGACGGCCUGUCAUCGAUAGAGACUCUUCUCACCAACAUACAGGGCCUGCUCAAAGUGGCGAUUGACAAUGCUCGGGCCCAGGAGAAGCAGGUGCAGCUGGAGAAGACGGAGCUGAAGAUGGAGCUGUUUCGAGAGAGAGAGCUCAGGGAGACUCUGGAGAAGCAGCUCGCCAUGGAGCAGAAGAAUAGAGCAAUCAUCCAGAAGCGUUUGAAGAAGGAGAAGAAGGCCAAGAGGAAACUGCAAGAAGCUCUGGAGUACGAGUCGAAAAGGAGAGAGCAGGUGGAGCAGACUCUGAAGCAGCCAUCACCCUCAGACAGCAUGCGCUCCCUCAACGACUCUCUGACCCCUGAGAUGGAGAGUGACCGCAGCAGUGGAAGAACAGAUGCUGAAAGGACAAUACAAGAUGGAAGACUGUUCCUGAAAACCGCAGUGAUGUACUGAUAAGGCCGCGAAGAGCUGGAGGACAGAAAGAUUUUAUAAAAAAAAAUAAAUAAACAAAACAAAAGGACUGAAAGAAAAACCCAUGAAGGUUUCGGGGAAGCCCCUCACCCAGGCCGAUUUAGUUGAAGAGAGUUCAAGCUGCUCGUAGGUGGAAAUGCUGUGUUCAACCCCCACCCCGAACGCUGGAGGAGUCUGAUUGUUCAACGAAGAAGUCUUUCUCAUCGCGGGAGGAAAUCCUGAAGUUGUUUGACGCGGACAGGUUCGCCGACGUGAAGGAUAAACACAUAUAACCGAGCACAGUUAAAUAAAGAUAAUUAAAAAAAAAAUAAUAAUAAAAAAUGUACCCGAGGUGCAUUGUUGGUAAUAACUCCUAAUAAGUUCACAGCACUGAAGAUGUUUUUUAUACUGUAUCGCAGCCAGCGAGAAAGCUUUGAAAUGAAAAUUCGACUGAAGUUUUGUUUUUGUAUUUCAACAUAAAUCCCGAGAAGCUAAAAAGAUGGAAAAGAAAAAGGAGAAAAAAAAACAACAUGAACAUUGUGGAGAAAAGGGGGGGAUUAAAAAAAAUGUGAAUCUGUCCACGCGGUCAUCAAAAAGAAAGAAGACCGACGUUUGAUUUUCAAGUUUUCUAAAUUAGAUGAAAAUACAAUCAAGUUCCGUUUUUACCAUCGUUGUAUAUACAAGAGCUAAAUGUUAAAGAUAGGAAGACUCGCAUUCUGCUGAACCCCGAGUGGACUCGUAAGGUAUGUGUAUAUAACGUUAAGAGGUAUUGUGUAUGCAGUAGAGCUAUUAGGCAAACAAUACCACCAUUUAUAUAAACCUUUCUUGUUUUCGUUCUAUCUCUGAGCCAUCAUCCUUUCCUAUAGCUGCCAUUUUCUGGUGAGAAAGCAUGCAGGCAUGUAAAUGUUUGUCCUGGAAUUAUGAUAUUUAAUAAAUCCUAUAUUGUGCUGAACAAAUAACCCGGGGCCGACUCGCCCAAGCCCGGACAAUUCUAAAAACCAUGAUAAACGACGUUUCAAUCUCAAAAACGAAGACUUUUGCUGUUUAUAGUACUAUAAUCUUCGUAACAGAAGAUAAAUAUUUCUCGGAAUUUCCUGUACAUUGUCGUCAUGAGACGCUCUUGAAAUCAGCACCCCUUGUUGCUUUUUUUUUUUCUUUCCUUUUUUUCUGUAAGUAUCUGGUCUGAUUAUCAUCACGUGCCAGCUUGGAAUACAAUCAGUUAAGGACGCUACUUUUUAAAAAGCGAAUACCACUUUAUUACAUGGUGUUUAACACAUUUUUGUUUUUGUGUUUCAUGGAUAUCCUGAUGAGGAAAAAAAAAGAAUACUUUCCUUUCCCUAAAGACUUUUGAAUUGUGGUGCUGCAACACCUGUGUAUAUUCUCUAGUCAUAAGCUGAUGUCAGUCCUUUAUCUGCUAAACAAUUUAGACCUUAUGUGUUACAAUCAAAAAGAUGAGGAGAUGGAGAAGGACGAGGAGGAGGAGGAAGAAGGGAAGCGUAUCCCAUUCACGAUGUGUUUGUUCCUUUUUGUUCUUAAUGGAGUGUCUAAGUCUGUUGUCACUGAUAACUUAUAUAGCUUCUCGAAUCAUCUCUUUCAUUGUACUUCAAAUUCAAAUAAAGUUAACAUGUUGAUGAUAAA